CGCCCCUUCAGAAUGCUGGCGACGUCAGCCGGGCUCUGCAAUUGCCGGGGCCGCGCGCGCUGCUGCUGCAUUUGGUGCAAGAGAAGCCUGGGGAGCGCGAUCUGGAGAUGGCUUCCGCUACUGACUCCCGCUAUGGCCAGAAGGAAUCCUCGGAUCAGAACUUCGACUACAUGUUCAAGAUCCUGAUCAUCGGGAACAGCAGCGUGGGGAAGACCUCGUUCCUGUUCCGGUAUGCAGACGACUCCUUCACUCCCGCCUUCGUCAGCACCGUCGGCAUCGACUUCAAAGUCAAAACCAUCUACAGGAAUGACAAGCGCAUCAAGCUGCAGAUCUGGGACACCGCGGGCCAGGAGAGGUACCGGACCAUCACCACCGCCUACUACCGGGGGGCCAUGGGCUUCAUCCUGAUGUACGACAUCACCAACGAGGAGUCCUUCAACGCCGUGCAGGACUGGUCAACCCAGAUCAAGACCUAUUCCUGGGAUAACGCACAGGUGCUGCUGGUGGGUAACAAGUGCGACAUGGAGGACGAGCGCGUCGUGGCGUCGGAGAGAGGGCGGCAGUUGGCAGAGCACCUGGGUUUUGAGUUCUUCGAAGCCAGCGCAAAGGACAACAUC